AGCUGAGCGUCGUUUCGCUUCGUUGUCCGCUGCCGUCCGUUGUCGGCAUCGUCGAGGUAUGGCGGCCCCCGAGGCGAUACAGGUUAGCUCCCUGCCGCUGCCGCCCGUCCAGUACAUCAAUCUGUACACGGACGAGAAUGUACGGCGCGGACGAGCACCGCGGCCGCCGCCGCCGAUCCACGACAGCUACUCCAUGUUCGGCAACGUUUUCAACGCGGACGACACCAUCAUCAGGCCGCUCGAGGCUCAGGGCAUCAAGAGACUGUAUCCGCAGCACUUCGACCGUCGGCGCGAGUUGAAGAAGCUCAAUCACUCGCUGCUCGUCAACUUCCUCGACCUGAUCGACCUGCUCGUUCAGUGCCCCGACAGCCCGAGGCGCGCGGAAAAGGUUGAAGAUCUCAGUCUGUUAUUCAUUCAUAUUCAUCACCUGUUAAAUGAAUUUCGACCACACCAGGCCAGGGAAACAUUGCGAGUUAUGAUGGAACUGCAGCGUAGGCAACGUCAUGAAACGGCACUGCGUUUUCAGAAGCACCUUGAAAAGGUUCAAGAAAUACUGCAGCAUGCCCUGCAGAUGCUCCCUGACACAGAACUAGACUCCAAACUUGCGAUAAACACAGAUGCCAUGGAGUCCAUCGAUAAUUUGGGCUUUGAACAACAGACUCAGGAUCCUUGUAGCCCAAGCGAUCGUAUUAUGUGUAAAGUGAUAGACGAUAUGCUUUCUUCGAAUGGAUUGUUCUGAAGCGUCGCUCGUCAUUUCCGAGUGUGCAAAUUGAUCUACCAAUAAAUAUGACGGAAUUAUUGCAAAUGUAAAUGUAACGGUAGUAGAUAAUGAUAAAACAAUGUUUUUUUUAAUGU